AUGGACUAUGGGGAGAAGCCAUCCGAGCGGUCGAGAUGGACGCCGUUGACACGGAUGUUGCUGUCGGGAGAAAUGACACAGGAACGACAAAAGGAACUGUCAGCGCGGGAAAGAUUCGAUCGAUGGAUGGUCAACGAGGGUUACCGAAGAUUUUUCGUCUUCGUUUUCAUGUUUGUGCAUGCCGCCGUCUUCGCUUUCGGCUUCGUCAACUAUGCCGUGAAGGACAACUUACAAAUCGCGAGAGACACAUUUGGCCCGACAUACAUGAUUGCCAGAUCGUCAGCGCUGGUACUACACGUCGAUAUCGCCAUGAUUCUGUUGCCAGUGUGCAGGACCUUCAUUUCGCUGGCCCGUCAAACACCACUCAAUGGUAUCAUCCAAUUCGACAAGAACAUCACGUUUCACAUCACCACGGCGUGGUCCAUCUUCUUUUUCUCAUGGGUCCAUACUAUUGCUCAUUGGAACAACUUCGCCCAGAUCGCCGCUAAAAAUAAUCUGGGUAUCUACGGAUGGCUCCUGGCCAACUUCGUUUCCGGUCCGGGUUGGACGGGAUACAUCAUGCUGAUUGCGUUGACGGGUAUGGUCCUGACGUCGUACGAGAAGCCCCGUCGAGCCAACUACGAGCGAUUCUGGUACACGCACCACAUGUUCAUCGUCUUCUUCCUGUUCUGGUCGUUCCACGGUGCAUUCUGCAUGAUCCAGCCCGAUUUUGCGCCCUUCUGUAUCUCGGUCGGUACGUCGGCCAUUGGUGUGUUCUGGCAGUACUGGAUGUACGGAGGCUUCAUCUACCUGGCUGAGCGUAUUGCCCGGGAGCUUCGCGGACGCCAUAAGACAUACAUCUCGAAGGUCAUUCAGCAUCCCAGCAAUGUUUGCGAGAUCCAAAUCAAGAAAGAGAACACGAAGACCAGGGCUGGUCAAUAUAUAUUCUUCUGCUGUCCCGAGGUGUCCUUGUGGCAAUACCAUCCUUUCACACUGACGAGUGCACCCGAGGAGGACUACAUAUCGAUCCACGUGCGUAUGGCAGGUGACUUCACCAAACAAUUGGCGGCUACACUUGGUUGUGAGUUCGGCAAGAAGGAGAAGGAUACAUCCAAGGUUGUCGGUGUCGAUGGCCAGAACAGCGAAGUCGACCCUGCUCUCCGUCGGGUGCUCCCGCGUGUUUAUGUUGAUGGCCCAUUCGGAUCGGCAUCUGAGGAUGUCUUCAAGUACGAGGUGGCCAUGCUGUGCGGUGCUGGUAUUGGAGUCACACCUUUCGCUUCCAUUCUCAAGUCGAUAUGGUACCGCAUGAACUACCCACAGAAGAAGACGCGUCUCGCCAAGGUUUACUUCUUCUGGAUUUGCAGAGAUUUCGGUUCCUUCGAGUGGUUUCGCUCAUUGCUCAUGGCCAUUGAGGCACAAGACGUGGACGGCCGCAUCGAAAUUCACACCUACUUGACUGCCAAGAUCAAGGCCGAUGAUGCGACCAACAUCAUGAUCAACGACGCCAACGCCGACAAGGAUGCCAUCACCGGCCUACGCAGUCCUACCAACUUCGGUCGUCCCAACUGGGAUAUGAUUUUCCGGGGUGUACGAAAGUUGCACUCGCCUGCCGAGGCUGGUGUCUUCUUCUGCGGACCCAAAGGUUUGGGCAGUGCGCUGCACGUAUACUGCAACAAAUACAGUGAACCUGGAUUUUCUUUCGUAUGGGGCAAGGAGAACUUUUAA